AUGGAACAAGAUAACAAUGUCACUGUAUUGUUCAUUGGUGAUACAGGUUCUGGAAAGAGUGCAACAGGAAACUUAUAUCUAAAGAGUAAUGCUUUCGAUACAAGCGAAAAGCCAGAUGCAUGCACACUUUUCCCAGCAUUUCAUCAUAACAAAAUAGAUGGUAUUACGAGAUGUGUGAUUGAUACAGAAGGAUUUGAUGAUAAGGAUCAGAUCCCAGAAGACCAAAUUCAAAGAUUGACACAGAUGCUCAGAUGUUGUGAUCUUGGAAUUAAUGCAAUUGUAAUCGUUGUACCUGCACAUAUUAUCAGAAUAACAAAAGGAGUUAAAAAUGAUAUUAAAUUUGUUUAUGAUGCAUUUGGAAAGAAUUUACUAGCACAUCUUUGUAUAAUGUUCACAUUCUGUUCAAAGAAAUUCCCAGAUAGGAAAAUAAAAAAGACAGAAUAUAAGAGGGAUAUUAUUGAUUACUUGAAAGAGAUAUCGAAAGAAGAAUCAAUUCCUGACAUUCCAUUGUACUAUAUUAAUGCUCGUAAACCUGAAAAGGACUUUGUGAUUGAAAAUAUGAAUAAAUUCCAUAACUGGGCUCUCGGACUUCCAAAGUUCAAGUCUUCGGUGAUAAAAGAUGCAUCAUUUGGAUAUACAAUGCAGAAAGAAACUGAGACAAAAGUCAGUCUUGGAACUUUCACAGAAGGAAAACAAACUUUCGAAAAAUUCUGUGAUAGAGCAAGACUCAAGUUUAUUUCGAAUACUUCAGGUGAGAUGCCAUCAUAUUCGAAUUGGACAACUAUCAAAGAGUACAAAGAAGUCAUUUCAGAGAUCAGUGAAGAAAAGAAACUGAAUGAAUUCUUAGCAUACACAUACGAAGAUGGAAUCAAAUAUGAAGUCUUAGUUGAUAGAGUCAGAGAGAUUAUUACAAAUUAUCGAACAGGUGAAAUUACGCGUGGUGAAUGGGGAGAGAUUAAUCGUCGUAAAAGGCGAGUAAGCUCUAAUAAAAAAGUUGAAGUUGUUUACACAAGACAGUGGAUAGAGAGAUCAGGAAAAGGACAUAAAACAAUCAAAGCUGAUUUCCAACGAAAAGUUUUCACAUCAGCAGAUGGAGAGAUCAGUGUAGGUGAAGAAAUCGAAAUUCCUGGAACAAGGACUGAAAACUUCUUUAAACCAGAGCCUGUAAUCAUAUAUGAAGAUGAUGGUUGCCGAAUUAUCUAG